ACGAAAGAAGGAACGCGCGCGCGCCGUCGUACUCGUCUUGUACGCACGCAUCGCUACUCUCCAGCGAACAAAGUCACGCUAUAUACCUAUACCUAUAUACAUAAUACAUUAACUUGUAUAUAGCAGCUCGAGCUCGAGGCUCUGUGUAUGUAUACAAUUGGUACGAGCCACUGCCAGUCGCCAGCAGCGCGUAUAUUAUCGCAUACGUCAAGCUGCGUACAGUACACCUAUUUACUCGGCGCGCGCUCCGACUAGUCUGCCUAUUGCCAAUUCGCCUCUGCCUCUCCGACUCCGAUCCCGCGAAUAUAUACCAGAGUCCCCAGCCAGUGUAGCGUAUGUGUGCCUCACGCGCGCAUACCUAGCGAAAUAUCCGACCGAGAGUGCGACGGCAUUUUUUCCAUAUACGACUGUGCGAGGCUUCGUGUUCGAGUAUUAGUGUGCGUCCGUGCAGUGCGUGACCAUAGCGAAACUUCCCUCGGCCCGACCGAUACACCAAAGAAAGAAUCUAUACAGUGCGCGCGCGAUGUGCUUCUGUUGAUCCGUGCUAUUUGCUCCAUGCAAAACAAGAACAAGGAGAGCAUCUCUCGCUACUGCUGCUGCUUCUGACUGCUUCUGACUGCUGGCUCACGCUCGCAUUAUCAUUAUUAUCGUUCGUUCGGCCGAGUGCGCGUCUCGUUUAAUUGCUUAGAAGAGCGAGCAAAAAAUUCCUCGACUCCGUGAAUGAAGUCGUAAAGUCUCUGCAUAUACGAUACAUUAAUACAUACACAAGCAUAAAUAAUAGUCUAACGCAUACACGCGCGCCUACACGUACCAAAACAUUCGCAAUUCCAAUAUACGUACACGCAUAACGUCGCGAAUCGCACGUGCAGCGAUACACACACACACGCACAUACACAAACGUACAUAGAGAUAUAUGUAAUUAUAAUUUAUAUCUGCGAUCUGUGCGCACGAUUGCGAGCCGAGAGUGGCUGAAUUAUGCCCAGUGUUGCUCGUUGCAACUCCGAAUCGUCUUCUGUUUUUCAAGCCUGCAAAGACGCGGGUGCCUUAAAUGAGCGUCAUCGGCGACAGGCCAAAUUGUCAAAGAAGCUGCCCACAGCAGCUGCAUAAAGAGCUAACGUCAUCCUACGCAUUGUUAUUGUUUUGGUCUUUUUUUUCGUCGUGCCGUACUCCAGCGACGCCGAGGUGCAUCAGUAAGUGCAAGCUGAAAAAAGAAGCCCGUAGCUCCGAAGCAAUAUCAACAAUAACAUGGGUGUUGGUCUGAAGCCGCUUGAAUUCACGGAUUGCCUCACGGAUAGCCCCUACUUCCGCGAGAAUCUCCACUAUCACGAGCGAGAACUCGAAAACACUAGCACGCAAAUCAAGCGCCUCAUCAAGGAGGUCAAGGAUUUAUUGACGGCCGCUAAAAAUCUUUCUCGAGCACAGAGGGCUUUUUCGAAGACAUUACAGAAUUUCAGCUUUGAAUGCAUUGGUGAAACCCAAACUGAAGAUGAAAUUCACAUAUCCCAAAGUCUGAAGGAAUUUGGUAAACUCAUUGCGUUGAUCGAAGACGAGCGUGAUCGCAUGCUAGCUAAUGCGUACGAUCAAAUUAUUCUGCCACUAGAACAGUUUCGAAAAACACAUAUAGGCGGGGUAAAGGAAGGGAAAAAAAAGUUUGAAAAGCAAACGAUCAAGUUCUGCCAGAGUCAAGAACGUUAUUUGAAUCUCUCAACGAAAAAGCAAGACAAUGUUCUUCAAGAGGCGGAUGCGACUCUGGAUAUGGCUGAGAGGCAUUUUUGCCAAGCAAGCUUAGAAUAUGUAUUUUUAUUACAAGAAGUUCAAGAGCGAAAAAAAUUCGAAUUUGUAGAAACGCUGCUAAGUUUUAUGCUCGGAUGGCUAACUUUUUACCAUCAAGGUCACGAAGUCGCUAAGGAUUUCAAGCCUUAUAUGAGUGAGCUGCAGUUGAAAAUUCAAAAAACUAGAGAGAAUUUCCAUGCUACUCGGGAUAAAACAGAAUCGCUUAUGAAUAAAAUGAAGGACGUCAAAAAGUCUGCCAUCGAGAGCGGCCCUAAUAAAUUGUAUAGCAGAGAAGGAUAUCUGUAUUUUAUGGAAAAAAAGGCCUUCGGUACAACAUGGACGAAACAAUAUUGCACAUAUCAAAAAGACAAAAAAGAAUUCACUAUGAUACCGUACAAUCAGCUCACGGGCAAAUUUAGCAAUAAAGAUACCUUUACUCUAGCAUCCUGUGUGCGGCGUAUGUCUGAGUCUAUAGACAAAAGAUUUUGUUUUGAUAUAACUGCUGUUGGGAGACCCGGUGUUGUAUAUACGUUUCAAGCAUUAUCAGAGGACGACAGAAAAGCGUGGAUGGACGCGAUGGACGGUCGCGAACCCGUCAAUUUUUUGUCUAAUCCCUCGAAGCCCGAAGAGAAGAAUGUGAUCGACGCUACUGGCAUAUAUUUUAUAACCAGGUGCAUCAAGACUCUCGAAGAACGAGGCUUGGAAGAGCAGGGAUUGUACCGAGUCGUCGGCGUAUCAUCAAAAGUCAACAGGCUGCUAUCCAUGGGCCUAGACCGUAGGAAAUUCGAAAAGAUGAAUCUCGAGAGUCGAAUCGAGUGGGAAAGCAAGACGAUAACUAGUGCUCUAAAAACGUAUCUAAGAUCGUUGUCUGAACCUCUCAUGACUUAUCGCCUGUACGAGAAUUUCCUCGCAGCAGCCAAGCUUGAUAGUAACGAGCGUCUUCAGGAAUUGCAUCGUUUGGUUUAUCGUCUACCCCAGCCAAAUCUCAAUCUUCUUCUACUGCUCAUCAAUCAUCUUCACAAAGUCGUAAAAAAAAGCGAUAAAAAUUUGAUGACGGUCGGUAAUCUGGCGGUAUGCUUUGGACCAACUUUACUGAGGCCGGAGCAAGAAACAGUCGCAUCGAUCAUGGAGAUAAAGUUUUACAAUGUCGUCACGGAAGUGCUCAUUGAAAAUUGCGAGAGAAUAAUCGCCGGACCACCGUCGCUCGAUGCAUCUUCACCUAUGAAAGUUGGUAAUGCAUCGUCGCCUGUUGCAUCUGGCACAGCAUCUUCUCCUGGCGCAGCAGCUCAAAGUUUGCCGAGCUCGCCGCGAUCCGAGGAUAAAGAAGAUAUGCCACCUGCUAAACCUCAGAGCCUACACCACCAGCCUAUAAAGCCUAAAUCACCGCAGCAGCAAGGCGUCACGGGUAAUGGUGCCGUUCAUUUGCCUACCUAUUCAGUGCAUACCGUGGUGCCGGCUACAGUUCAGGAAAUCCCGAGAUCGUUCUACGAGAGUUCAUUGUCUAUAGCGACGAAAUCACCGCUCAUCGAUGGCGAUCAAAAAAACAACGGCGAGGUUUAUCAGGAUACAGAUAACGCUAGUCACAGGCUACCUAUGAUGUUCGCCGACAGUCACAUAAGUCGGCUGAAGCAUCGAAAUACUAACUUCAUGUAUCACUCUGCCGAUCGAGUAUCGACGGGUGGUGGUAACACAAGCAGCUCGAGCGAAUCAAUAGCCAGCGAUCCACCACCGUACCUCAGCUCCUCUGGUGUACCUGUUAAACAAAAGCGUGACUCAGGGUUGGUCAACACCUACUUUAAUUAUCCGACGCGCAGCAAUCCAAUAAUGACUUUAGUCAACACGUCGCCGAAUAGUGGACGAUCUAGUCCUGGUCCAAUUUGGAGGGUAAGAACACUCUACGCUUGUAUGGCGGAAAGUGUCGGGGAAUUAUCGUUUGAACCAAAUCAGAUAAUCACAAACGUUCAACCAUCAAGUGAACCAGGUUGGCUAGUUGGUACACUAAAUGGAAAAACGGGUUUGAUACCGAAAAAUUAUGUAGAACAAUUACCUUAGUGAGGCUCAUCAACUAAAAGUGAUUCGAUAUCGAAGCUCCUACAAUCGAUAUGGCCAUCAGUAUUCACACUUUUUCACAUUCCAACAAUGUGCACAUUCCACAUUUACCAAUUUAACAUUUGUAAGAGAUUUUUUAUACGAUUAUAAAUAUAAAAGAAGCUUAUGAUAAUAAUCGGCUUUACUCAAUUGCUUUUCACGGCCGUGAGCAAGUCGGUCAAUAAUUUAAAAAUUAAAGUGAAUAUCAGAAGAUAUACUCUUCGACUUAAGUUCUAUUUUUUUUAAUGUAAAGAGUCAUGUUUUGAUUCUAUUUUGAAUGCUUUUUACUGUGGUAUAAUAAUUAAAGAUGUCAUUCUGACAAAAUGAACGACCGUCAAGCGAUUAGCCGGUCGAUUAAUCGUGAAAUUGAUAGGUCUUUUACACAAGAGUUUAUAAUCAUAUCCCGUUUUCAUGGGAAACUUAGUCAAUUAUGCAUAUUAUCCAUUAUAAAUACAUAAGUAUGUAUAAAUUCAAAUAA